GUUAGAUUUAACUAUUUGUCUGUCUAUUCAAGAUUUCAAGCCGAUCGAAGGAGUAAAGACCCACCAUUUGUUUUGGGUGGGCCCGGCUUUUCUCAUAGGAGUUCGAACUUGAAGGAUAUGACUCCAAAUUUGAUUGCGUCAGAUUCCAACCGAGCAAGAACAACGUGUGUCGUAUGCAUUUUAUGCAAUCAUAGACGGCGGUACACCUCGUCACUUCUCAAUUUCUCAUUCAUCACGAAGAUGUAGACAAUUCAUGCAUCUAUAAGGUUAUUUGAUCGCGUCUUGAACUGUUGCAAUUCAUUUGUGGUCGAGUGAAACCCUAAUUCUUCGAUAUCGGAUGAAGGAAGUGCAAUCAGAGCUCUGUAAUGGAAGACCUAAAAGAACGCGGCAGCCCUUUCAAGGAGUAGAUGUUCUGGGCCUAAAAAAACGUGGGCAAGGGCUUCGAUCAUGGAUCCGUGUUGAUGCUGCAUCUGGUGAAGCCCAAGUUAUUGAAGUUGACAAAUUUACCAUGAUGCGUCGCUGUGAUCUUCCUGCACGUGAUCUUCGUCUUCUUGAUCCAUUAUUCGUGUACCCCUCAACAAUUCUUGGGAGAGAGAAGGCAAUAGUUGUGAAUUUGGAGCAGAUUCGGUGUAUUAUAACAUCGGAUGAAGUUCUUCUUUUGAAUUCACUCGACAGCUAUGUGUUACAGUAUGUGGUGGAGUUGCAACGAAGGUUAAAAGCUGCAGGGGAUGCAGGUGAUGUUUGGCAAUCAGAAAGCUCUGAUUUUAGCAGAUGGAAAGGAGUUAGGACUUUUCGGGAUAUGUUUGGAAGCCCUUCACCCGACUAUCUUCCCUUUGAGUUCAAGGCUUUAGAAGUUGCUCUUGAGGCUGCUUGUACAUUUCUGGACACUCAGGCAUCAGAAUUAGAAAUUGAAGCAUAUCCAUUGCUUGAUGAACUUACAUCAAAGAUCAGUACUUCGAAUUUGGAGCGUGUUCGUAGACUGAAAAGCAGACUAGUUGCUUUGACUCGGAGGGUUCAGAAGGUAAGAGAUGAGAUAGAGCAACUGAUGGAUGAUGAUGGAGAUAUGGCUGAAAUGUAUUUGACUGAAAAGAAAGGGGGAAAUGAGUCGUUAUUCUACAGUGGUGGUACUGGUGGUGGAGAUGGAUCUAUGGCGGGAUACAGAUCAACAGAUGGAACGCAAUCUGUAUCUGCUCCUGUGUCUCCAGUUUCUUCACCAAGAGAUGGAAAUGGGAAAAGGCUUGAAAAGAAUCUAAGCCUUGCAAGGAGCAGCAGGCAUGAUAGCAUAAGGAGUUCAGAUACUGCAACUGGAAAUAUUGAUGAGCUGGAGAUGCUUCUUGAAGCUUAUUUUAUUGUCACUGAUAGCACUCUCAAUAAGCUCACAUCGCUGAAGGAAUACAUUGAUGAUACUGAAGACUUCAUCAAUAUUCAAUUGGAUAAUGUUCGGAACCAGCUGAUACAGUUUGAGUUGUUGCUGACAACAGCGACGUUUAUUGUGGCGAUAUUUGGGGUGGUGGCGGGGAUUUUUGGGAUGAAUUUUGAGAUCGGGUUGUUUACUAGCCAGUCUGCAUUUAAAUGGGUACUGCUUGUUACAGGGAUUUUUGGACUCUUUUUGUUUGCUUCCUUUCUCUGGUUUUUCAAGUACAGAAGACUCAUGCCAUUGUAGUAAAUCCUUCAAUGGUAUUGGAUACCACCAGAUCCGAACUCUUAUUAUUUCUUCAAUGCAAAAUGAAAAAACACCCUAUGGAGAUUAUUUGAUAAAAGGGUUGAAUCAAACCUUCCCUCAUUUCCUUUUACUUCUUUGUAAUUACUUUAUGGAUGUUUUAAAUUAUGCAAAGUCACAUAAUUAAGUUCGGUGAGAACCCUAGGGCUGCGUUUGGUUCACAAAAUGUUUUUGAAGGAAUUGGAAUCUGUUAAAGGAAUUGGAAUUUGUCUUGAAUUGAAAUCCAAUUCAAUAUUCUGUUUGGUUAGCAG